AUGGCUGAGAGUCCGAGGCCAGUUUCCGCGGUGAGUCUACCUAGGUUGGUAUCGGCCAGUAAGCAUAAGGCGAUUCCAGCUCCUGGAGUAUGCAAGGGGACGGUAAAGGUUCUCAUUGAGUACUGCCAGCGAUGCUAUAGACAUCCAUGGUGUGCUCAUCACAAUGAGGAGAGAUACUUCACACAGUUCAUGGACAUCGCUGGUCGCAUCAGCCAAGCCUUCCCAGAGGUCGGCGAGAUCGUCGCCGUCAAGGAUCCACGUGUUGGUGCAUUGGAGGUCACUGUUGUGCACGGACCGCAUCAACAGGUGGUGUUCUCCAAGUUACAGUCCGACAGAUGGCCCAACAUAUCUAAGGUUUUGGAGAGGAUCAGACGAGUCGUUCGAAGAAUGGUGACAUCAGAUGCUAAGGACAACAUGUUGAUCGAGAACGAGUUUUUGACGCCACGGCAUCAGACAGUGGGGGUUAAUCUUUCCGCUGAGGUUCCGGUCCCGUUCGUUCUCGGCCUCGAGAUCACAGAUAGAGCACCUUUCUUGGUCACGGUUGCCCAAGAAGGAAAGUAUGGUGCCCAGUGUGGUGUGGUUAGAGGAGAUGUUCUGCACUGCAUCAACGGCAAGGCAUGUGAUCGUAUGGAUCUCGAUGAGCUUUUGAUCGAAUUGAGAAAGCGUCCAAUGAGUCUCUAUUGUCGUCGUUUUGAUCACACAAGGAAGGCACGACGCCCACCUGGAGGCCCUAUCACAUUCAACAGGCUGUUCCGGGGACGGCCGGUUUCGGGUAGAGCUGAAAAAGCCGCAGCGAUACACUAUCAGAGACAACGUAUGGGUAUGACGACGAUAGACACUAUCCCAUCAAGACCCUCGCCGGCUCGGCCACUAGCCAAGUCGAUUCGUCCGUUGAGGCAUCUGAACCGAGCUGAGGAAGUGCAUGGACCAACCAUAGAUGCUGGACACCAUCCACAGUCCUCUAGUGAUACUCGAUCGGAGUCAGUUGAGCGUGGCCGACGAUACGAUGGCUCACGAGAGCACGACAAGUCACAGGUGGCCAAGCAGGAUGGCAGGGAUGGAGUAUCGGAACGCAUUGAAGGAGCAUCUGACGCUAGGAAGGGACAAUCAACAAGUCGUGCCCAGGAUCCCCCGAGGUUGCAAGUGCAAUCGGGAUCUGCCACCGUGAACGAGCAUGCUGCGACUGUUAGCGGUAAGGCCCCAGGUGUGAAGAGAGCCGAAGGUGCGAAAAAGAGGGAGGCGGGAACCCCAGUAGCACCGGUCGGUAUGGCUGGGACGGACAAGGCUGGCAGAUCAGCACAGAAGUCUGCUUCAGCUUCGAAGUCUUCAGCUGCUAACUGUAAGGACGGAGCGGAGCGCGUCGGGAAGAUCACUGUUGAUGAAGCAAAUGAUUACGAUGAGGACUUUGAGUCAGACAAGGAGAGUUUGGAUGAGGAGCAUCGUGAAGGCCAAACUCCGCUAGCAGCAGUCACGACUCACCAACAGUCACCUCCAGCCCCCACUGGUGACGCUCACGUUCAACCGAAACCAGAGGGCAUUCGCGGCCCUACGGAUACGACUAGUAUUACGGCCAUUACGGACGAGGCUCAGAAGGCUGUUGCUGACGGCAGCAUAAGAGCGAGUAAGUCGCCGUCAUCCUCAGACGUUGGGGAUGUCCACGCCUCACCAGUGAGCGAUAUAGAGAGCAUUGAUGGAGAUGCUAAAGUCGAGACCGAUUUCGAGGCUAAGGAACAGUCUAGACCUGCCGAGGCUGCCGCUGAGGGGCGCGCUAUUGAAGAAGAGGAAGCUGCACUUGUAUCCAUUCACGACGAUGGUAACAGCCGUGUGGUGGCCGAGGAGAAGGAACAACCGACGGGAGCUGCCGGAGAAGCUGUAACCGAUUUGGUAGCCCCAAGAGAGGCAACUGACGCUCCUGCUGGAAAAGACACCUCCACCUCGAAAACUGAGAAUAAUGAGAAUUCAGCGGGGGAGCCGCAUGAGGCCAACACCAAUCUUGAGGGUAUCAACGGAGGAAUGCAACUGGAGGAUGUCGGCAAGAAUAGUCAUUCGGAAAGGGCAAACGAAGAGCUGGCCUCCUGCGAUGCUGACAUGGUGGCCCAACAAGCGUCAGAUGUCACUUCCCCGACUGCGCAGGUUGCCCCUGUCGAAGACGAUAGGGGCCGGGUGGAUGAUCCGAAGCAACCGGAGGAGACCAAGGACGGCUACGAAGAUGACUUCGAGGAGUACAUCCCCUCCGAGGAUGACGUCCCUGAAGAGCCUAAAGCCAACUCUAUGGCCCGAGAAGAAGAGGUUUGGGGAGGUGCUGGUGAUAGCCCUCGUCCAGCGGGUGAAUUCGAGCUGGGUGCUCGUUCGAGUGAGGGAGGUGGCGCCUCUUCGCAUCUUGAUGUACCUAACACCACAAGUCCCACCAAGUUUAGAGAACAUACUGACUAA